AGUGCACGAUGGUUUUAGUAGCUUUUAAAUAGUUUUAUUUUUGGUUAAGCAGACAUUUAUAGUUGUCUUUCCAAUCAUGGAAAAUUAACUACUUGUUAAACACAUACCGACUACAGCUUCAAGUAUAAUUUAAUGUUAACUACUAAAUAAAUAAAAUACUAAAAGGUAAGCAACUCUCCGUUACCAAAUUAACAAGAAUCACUUUCAAAUUCUCGCUUUAUAUUUAUUAUUCAUUAAAUUUUUACGGAUUACAUAUAAAGUGUUUAAUUAUUAUUCCUUCUUCAACCUCUAAUACUAUCAUUUAUAUAUAUGCUUAUUAUCCGGAGCUAGGGUUUUUAUUUGUAACUUCUAUAGUUUUUGUUUUCUUUGAGGUCGUAGUUGUUGAUGGCGAAUCAUUCAUGGUCAAACGGUGAUAUGAAUCACCAAAGGGAUGCUCUUGGUAUCGCCAUGAAUUGGAGCUCUGAAGAACAGGCCAUUCUCGAAGAUGCUCUUGUUAGGUAUUCGUCAGAACCGAGUCCGAGUAUCUCACGUUACGCAAAAAUAGCGUCAGAGCUUCAGCACAAGAGCGUUAGAGAUGUUGCUAUGCGUUGCAGAUGGACAAACAAAAAGAGAAGAAAAUUAGAAGAUCAUAAUGGGUUGGGAGGAGCCAAUGUUGAUAACAAGGAGAGUAUAGAUAUGGCGGUGGCUUCAAACUCAGCUCCACAUCUUCUUAGAGAAGAAGAUGGGAUCAUCAUUGAGCUUCUUAAACAAAAUGAGCUAUUCCUCAAUCAGAUCCAUGCAAAUCUUACAUCCUCCUCAAUGUUAACAGAGAACUUAACACUGUUCUGCAAAACGCGCCAAAACAUCAAGAACCUUCUCAAAAACUUGCAGGAGAAUGCGCCAGAGCCGAUGAAGCGUAUGCCGUGGCCGGAGAAACUGAGCGUUGAUCAUGAUGAGCUACUUGAUUCAAUCCUUGAUCUCUCAGCUUCACCAAAGCAGCAACCAUCGCCAGAGGAAUUUGAUCAUGAUCAGCUGCUUGGUUCACUCUUUCGUCCCUCAACUUCACCAAAGCAACCAUGAAUUAACAAGUUUCUUUUGUUUCUCUUCAGUUUUUAGGUUUUAUUGUUUUUUUUUUCAGUACAAACCCUAACGUAGAACACAAGUUUAGAUCUUUUUAAUUAGCAAUCAAGAACUUUUGAUUGAAAGAAGCUUUUCUAGUGUU